CGUUCACGAACCGGCAGUGAAUCCACAGAAGAACUCGGAUCAGUCGCUACUUUCAGCGCUUCUGUUGAAUCAUUUGGAGUAAACGUUUGGAAGAUUUAUUGAAACGAAACUAUAAUUGAGCAUUAACUUACUUAUACAUUAUUACUUAAAUAAAGACCAUUCCGCCGCUUUUGGGCAGCACCUGUCAUGAAAAUGACCGAGAAAAACAACGCCGUGAAGCCAAACGUUACAGAAGACGAUGUUCGACUGCUAAUAAAAAGAAAGGACGACAUCGAAGAGCAGAUCCAGGCGUACUACGACAUGCUCCAGACCGACGGUGUGGGCAUGGACGCUCCUCUGGUUGAUCUGGAAGGCUUUCCUCGCGCUGAUGUGGAUUUGUACAAGGUCCGGACAGCAAGACACAACAUCUCCUGUUUACAGAAUGAUCAUAAGGCUAUCAUGGUGGAGAUCGAGGAGGCCCUUCAUAAGCUGCAUGCAACAGCGAGAGUCAAGCAGGAGAAAGAUGAGAGCAGGAUGGAAGGCCCUGACUCGACCGUGUCUCUUCCAGCAGCGUUCGCGCUCGUCGAUGCUGUAACACAGGGCUCCCCCGCUUUUCAGGCUGGUUUGCGAGUUGGUGAUGAGAUUAUAGAGUUUGGGUCCAUAAACACACAAAACUUCAGGACCCUGCGUGACGUGGCCUCUGUCGUCCAGCACAGCGAAGGGAAAUCUCUACGUGUUGGAGUAAUUCGAAGCGGACAAGAAGCGCAUCUUAAUCUGACUCCGAAGCAGUGGUCUGGUAGAGGAUUGCUGGGGUGCAACUUAGUACCCGUCCACAGAUGACCAGUGAAAGGGCAAGGAUCAUCUUUAUCCCAAACAACACUCUUUUGCACUAAAUAAAUCAGCAAUGGGUUAACUUUAAUGUUGCUUUUGCAAUUCUUUUGUAAAACUGAGUUGAGUCGAUAAGCGACCAAGGAGAGCUGACCGAGCAUUUAGGGAAAUAUUUUCUUAAGGAUGAGCUGAUUUACUUACCGUCUUCUCCUGUUAAAUUUCGUGCAUCUAUAUAGAAAAGUUCUCAACGUUUUCCUGUUCAAACAGCCGAAAAAAGUGACUGGGCUCUGAAAGGCUGCGUAAGUUGCAUGCGCUUUAUUUGAUUAGAAGAACACCAGGGUGACUAAUUAGAGUUAUUUUUUUUGACGGGUGAACUAUUCUUUUAAUGAGUAAUAAACACAGUACUUUCAGUCUUACGUGAAAAACGGACUUGGAAACGUUUUACCGUGCCUUCAUUUCCUCUAUGCUUCUCAAAUGUCUUAUAGUUUGGAAUAUGAAAUAUUACAUGCUUAAAACUACGUCAAAAUAAAGUAUGAAAAAUAAA